AUGCAUCGUCUCCUCAAAGAGCAACUUCAACAACUGAGUGAUCUGUCAAGAAAUGAAAAUUUGGACCAAGAGAAACUAGAAAUUCUUGUACAAAUUUUGUUAGGAGAACGGAAAUGGGACAAGCCAUGUUCAUUUUCUUUGGCCGAAACUGUAUGGCGAAUUUAUUCAAUAGCCGCUGGAAUUCAGCUCACAGCAGAAGAAUUCCGUUCGCACAGUCAACUUCUAAAAAGCCCAUGCUCAACGAUUUUGUCUGAUGUCUAUGAAAAUCAUAGUAAACAAAUACGUGCUUGUUUAAGCACAAUCCGCAUUCGAAACCCCGAAGUUUUAGAUGUUCGAUGGAAGGAACAGCUCAACUCUAAUGCGGCGGCUUCUGUGGCCUUUGAAUUGCAGACACUUCCUGUCGACACACUCGCAACUGGGCUUGUUCGAUUUGAAUGCGAUCGAAAUCAGCUUUUGGAACUCCAUCAUCGAUUGAAAGAAGCCCAAAAUUUCCUCGAAAUACUGAACUCAAAUUGUAAA